AUUACAUAACGUAAAUACGGCAACGUUGUCACGUAAAAAAUGCCUAACGUCAAGACGUGUCAGUUAUUUGUUGGUUAUGUUUUUCUAAACAAACAAUUUUUGUUUUUCUUCACAUAUUGUGCAAAAUUUAAUCAAACAUUUUAUUAAAAUAAUGAACACGUUAGGAUUAAGCACCUUACUAAGGCUUGGAUGCAUUUGCGGAUCCGAAAGUAUUGAUAUAAAUGGGAUAAGAUACAAUGUCAAGGAUCUACUGGGUGAGGGGGGCUUUUCUUGUGUGGAACUAGUGGAACAAUCAUCAACCCGAAAGAAGUUUGCAUUAAAAAGAAUUAAAUGUCAUAGUACAGAAGAUGAAAAGAUUGCUAGCCAAGAAAUAACUUACUGUAAAAGAUUAAAGCAUCCCAACAUUAUCGAACUAGUCGAUUCUUGUAUGAAAGGCUCGGCAGACCCAGUAGUUCAGUCCAUCUCAGAGGCAUUUUUAUUGUUGCCUUACUUUAAACGUGGGACUCUACAUGAUUACUUAGCAUUGAGGUCUUUUUCAAAGAAUUAUUUAGAUACUAGAGAAGUCAUUAGACUUUUUUCUGACAUCUGUCAGGCACUGAAAUAUAUGCAUGAGUUCAGUCCAGAACCUGUGGCACACCGGGAUAUAAAACCUGGAAAUGUAUGCCUAACAGACAAUAUGGAUCCAGUUUUAAUGGACUUAGGUUCUUGUGCCCCAGCAAAAGUGCAAGUCUGCGGAAGCCAAGAUGCCCAAAAACUCGAAGAUGUGGCUGCCGAGAGGUGUUCAAUGACUUAUAGAGCCCCAGAACUUUUCCAUGUUGAAAGUUAUUGUGUUAUUGAUGAGAGAACAGAUAUAUGGAGUUUAGGGUGCUUACUGUAUGCCAUGUUAUACUUUAAAUCCCCUUUUGAUAUUGUUUAUGAAAGGGGUGACUCCGUGAAUUUAGCUGUGAUAAGUGGAAAUAUAUUUUUUCCAGAAGAAACUCCUUUUCCAAAGGAAUUGCACGAAUUAAUUUUAUUUAUGCUCAGAGUGAAUCCCUCUGAGAGACCAUUUAUAAAUCAGGUAAUUGAGGAAGUUAAUCAUUUUAAAAGGGAACUGGACACAAGUGUAUAACAUAUGUGUUAUGAAAUACUGAAAUAAAUAUAAGACAUAUUUUUUUUAAAUGUAAAUAGCCAUAAUUAUUUUAAGAACCAAACAUUUAUUGUGUAUGCCGUAUUGCAUUUAUAUUUGUACAUCUUGUUUUUUUUUUUUUAAAUUUAAUAUACGACUUUAAUGAAA